CACCAUUACCACACCCACACGCUUAUUGAUACAGUUUCUUUCUUGUUGAUUUUUGUUAAAACUUUUAAAGAAAAAUUAUUUAAACAAAACAAACAGAAAAUAUAUCAAUCGAAAAUGCCAUUAUUCGGUAAAGUUAAAGAUCAUCAUCAUAAUCAACAACAACAACAGCAGCAACAAUCGUCAUCUUCAUCAACAACAACAAAAACAUCAACAAUGAAUACAAAGGUUAAUGAGAAUAAUAAUAAUAGCAAUAAUAAUAAUAAUGAUAAAAACAAAAACAACAACAACAACAACAAAAAUUCACACAAUACAAAUGACCAACAACAACAACAACAACAACAGAAAAAAACAUCAUCGACAACAACAACAACAACAUCAAUGAUUGGUGGUAAAACAAAUCCAAUGCCAAAAGUUGAAGAUAAAUAUGAAAUAAAAGAUUUACUUGGAACUGGUGCUUUUUCCCAAGUAUAUCUUGCACAAAAUCAUAAUGAUCCAUUACAAAUGGUUGCUAUAAAAUGUAUUGAUAAAAAAGCCUUAAAAGGCAAAGAAGAUUCAUUGGAUAAUGAAAUUAAAGUUUUAAGAAAAUUAAAACAUAAAAAUAUUGUUCAAUUAGUUGAAACAUUUGAAGAUCGUAAUAAAGUUUAUUUAGUUAUGGAAUUAGUGACCGGUGGUGAAUUAUUCGAUAGAAUUGUUGAAAAAGGAAGCUAUACGGAAAAAGAUGCUAGCCUUUUAAUUAAACAAAUAUUAGAAGCUGUUGAUUAUAUGCAUUCACAAGGUGUCGUACAUAGAGAUCUUAAGCCAGAAAAUCUUCUUUAUUAUAGCCAAUCAGAAGAUUCAAAAAUAAUGAUCAGUGAUUUUGGUCUUUCAAAAAUGGAAGAAUCUGGUGUUAUGGCAACAGCCUGUGGUACACCGGGUUAUGUUGCUCCAGAGGUGCUAGCACAAAAACCAUAUGGAAAAUCGGUGGAUGUAUGGAGUAUAGGUGUAAUAGCAUAUAUAUUACUUUGUGGUUAUCCACCAUUCUAUGAUGAAAAUGAUGCAAAUCUAUUUGCACAAAUAUUAAAAGGAGAUUUUGAAUUUGAUAGCCCAUAUUGGGAUGAUAUAUCCGAUUCGGCCAAAGAUUUUAUUCGCCAUCUUAUAUGUGUUGAUGUUAGUAAACGAUACACAUGUAAAGAUGCAUUAUUACAUCCAUGGAUCUCUGGAAACACUGCUAGUGAGAUUAAUAUACAUAGUUCUGUUAGUGAACAAUUGAAGAAAAAUUUUGCUAAAACUAAAUGGAAACAAGCAUAUAAUGCAACAGCCGUAAUUAGACAGAUGCGUAAAUUAGCAAUGUGUAAUAAUUCAUCAACAACAAUUACAAUGACAACACCAUCAUCAUCCACAUCAUCAAUGAUUAACCAUAACUCCAAUACUUCCAAUAUAACGCACCAUGAUCAUGAUCAUCAUCCACAUCAUCAUCAUCAUCAUCAUCAUCAUAAUCAUCAACAUAGCCAUCAUUAUGAUGAAGAUGAUGAUGAAGAAGAAUCGAAUAAAUUGUUCUCUAAUACUGGUGAUACUAUGAAUAUUAAUAAAGAUAAACAACAACAUGAUAAAGAUUAAUUCUACUUAAAAAAAAUUGAUCAGUUUUUUUUUGUUUUUCUUCUGUUCAUAUCUUUGUUCACACUAUUUUUCUUCAAUUGAAAAGUUCUAAGUUUUUUUUCUGUUUGUUUGUUUUGUUCAUUUCAUCAAUUUUGGUUCUCAACAAGCUGAUUUUACUUCAGAAAAAUGUUUCAAAAAAGAAAACAGCAAACAAAACAUUUUGAACAUUUCCGGCCAAUUUUCUUUUCAUUUUUUUUUUGCUUCAAAAUAAUGGUUUUCAAAUGAUGAUGAUGAUGGGUAAAAAACAUUCCUUUCACAUUAUUCGUUCAAUAUUUUGUUUUCUAUGUUUGUUUGUUUGUUUGUAGGCAAAAAAAACAAAUCAAAGUUGUUGUUUUAUGUUU